UGCUUCGGCCUUCCUCCUGCUGGUGCCCCCCCCCUCCCGCGGCAGCGCUUAGGGGCCAGGCGACCGGGCUUUCUUGUGCGCUUACUUUGGCGGCUCCCCUAUGUUUUGUGUGUUGCUGCAGUGAGGAACAGAGGGGGCCCCUCGUGCUCCCGCGAGCGAGGGGGUGGGCCUGCCCUACCUGUUCAUCUUCAUUCAUGCACACAUGCGCGCCAACUUCAGCGUCGCGAGCGUGCGAGCCCGCGCCCCACGUAUUGUUUUGGUUGCCCUUUUAUGUAUGAAUAUAUGAAGAUCGUCGUGAUGUAAU